AUGCCUUCACCCAAUAAUCCAAACCAAAACCUCCCUGAUCUAACGACAAUCCUCGCGCACACAAUUCCCGAGAAAAUCACCUCCCUCCGCCUAAUCUCCGACAGUAUCGCGCAACAACGCCAAACCGCAUCCCGCGCCAUCCUCUUCUACCCGCCAACCCUAACACUGCUCACUCUGACGCUCCUCCUCAUCUCACAACACCUCUACCAAACACCCUUCAACUGGCCUCUCCUCCUGACAACAGGCACAGGCAGUAUAGCAACCAUUCUACUAUUGACCCGGUACACAACAAGAGGCUACCUCGACGAAGGCGAACGCGUCGGAACAUGGAGAUGGUUAUUCACCAACCACUAUACCAAUUCCGAUUCAAGCCAACCUCCCAACCAACACCCCACUUCCGAAGACCCUGAACCCCAAGACAGGGACAGGGAGAAGGAUCUAAUCUUCAUAUCCAAAUUUGGGGAAAGGAUCAUAGGGACCUUGGUUCUUAGGGCCGUUGACACUGUUUCCGAACUGGAUGAACAUGUAUCUUUUCCUGAGAGGGCGAAGAUCGGUGUUCUUGGGGGUAGGAGUACUGUUGGUGUCAUUCGUGCUUGGACUGUGAGGUUGCAGUAUCGGGGUGUUAGCGUUGGGAGGGGCUUGUUGGAGGCUGCGGUUGCGGUUUGUAGGGAGAGAGGAUGA